AGUUCGAGGCCGCAUUGAUUGUUGGUAUCGUUCUUGGGGGUGUGAGGUUAUCUUCUUCUCAGUAUCGCGUUGAUUUACUCUUCGAUGUCUUUAAUGAAUGAUUGCUGAGUGAUUUGGGGCGGGGGGUGCGAUGGAUAUAAAGGGGUUUGUAUGUAUGGAUGGCAUGAAGUCUACGCCGGGGUAGAUGGAAAAAGGGGGUGUUGUGUUACUGUACAAAAACUUGAUGCUCUCGCUCUGCUGUUGUUCGUCAGCUGUGGCUGGGCGUAUAUCCAUACUCAUUUUACCCCUUACUUGCUGUGCGGCUUCGAUGUGUAUGCAGUUAGGGAUCGCGAGUGUCUUUGUACGAUAUGUACAGUACAAUACAAUGCAAUAUACAGUGCCGUCGUUGGGCCUGAAUAAAUGUAGCUUUUCAGUUAUGAGAGGUGGUAUACGGCGGUCUCAAUCCUUCAAGUACAUACCCUUAGGGUGGCUUGUCCCCCGGAUUAGCUCACAUUUCCAAACCAAUUCAACACAUUGGAGCCCAGGAUGUGUGCAGAUAAGAGGGCCGCUGAUCAUGACCAGGAUUUGGUGUGUAGUGUAGCUGUGACUCACUUGCCAGGCUCUAGCUAAACUGUGUUUAUCUGAAACUGUGCAAGUUCAACAAGACAUGACGAUGUCCCUGUCGUCCCAUAUCUCAGCGGGCCCACGUCUUGUGUCAGUGUCAAACCAGCCCGUGGUGCAUGAGGUACAGUACAGGACUACGACUAUAAGUAACUGCUAGUUACACCUCAGUGCCUACAUU